ACUCACAUGUUUAUAUCGAACACCAUACUCCCUGAAAGUCAUAGAUCAGAAUAGAUCUCAAAAUAGACGGCUAAUGAUUGAUCCUUUCCUAUUUGUUACCAAGGUUGUGGCCUCUAGCUACCGAACAUGGAAAGGAAAACAAACAGUUUGUAAGACAAUUGGUUUGCCAAACUUUGCAGGCAUCGAAAUUUUCUGCAAACCCGAUGAUCCACAUUUGCGAAUUCUACAACCAAUUUUAGUGCAGACUCAUCUAUAUAAGUAACCAUGCAGAAAGAUGUGUGAGAUCAAACCAUAGAAAGCCACAAAUUUUUCAACUUCCUAGGCCAACAUGUCUUCGAUACAACUUUUCCUCAUCCUCCUCUUGGUGGUUUCUCUCGAACCAAUACAAUCGAUCCGGUACGAGCCCUUCAAGAAUGGAGACACUAUUCGCACCAAUGAGACCGGAGUUGAGGACUCCAUAAGUCCUGCAGCACCAAUUCCAGUACAGGGAUUUGAAGUCACAGUUCAAGGGCCUGGGACCAGCAGGUUCCAGAUCGAAAUUGGUUCCACUUAUGCUCUCCAAAUGCUCAAGCUUGCCUCCGACUUCGUAUUGCAAGUUUUCGACCAAAAACUGGCUGAGGGACGGGGCUAUACGGGAGUAAGCUUGGUUGUUGAGAGCUUUGCAACAUAUGGCAUUGGGAGCUAUCCUGAUGCAGUAGCCAGCACCGCCGGGGACAACAUUUACGUAAACUCGGACUACAUUCAGAAUUACGACGGUGCAGCACGGCCUGAAUUUACUGGGAUCCUGUACCAUGAGAGCACGCACGUGUGGCAAUGGAAUGGAAAUGGCAUGGCUCCAAUUAGCCUAAUCAACGGAAUCGCUGACUAUGUGAGGCUGAAGGCCGGGUGGCCAUCUAAGUACUGGCCGAAGAGAGGGUCCGGCACAAGAUGGGACGAGGGAUUUGCCGUCACCGCAUAUUUUCUCGAGUAUUGCGAUAGCAUCAGAGCAGGGUUCGUCACUGAUCUUAAUGCUCUGAUGAAAGAUCACUAUACUGAUGCCUUCUUUGAGCAGUUGCUAGGCAAGACUGUUGACGAAUUGUGGGAUGACUACAAGUCAUCCUACCUUACCCUCGCCAAGUCACUUCACUAUCAGCUAGUUGACAACUCAACUAGCCCUGGUAACACCAAGUUUGAGACCGACAUCGGCGUGGGUUAUGCCGUCACGAUCCUGCAGCUCGCUUCUGAGUACGUCAUGAAAACCCUCGAACUAAGCAUAGGCAAAGCGAAACCAUACGGGAAAGUAACAUUAAUUGUCGAAAACUUCGUCAAUGCUGGGAUUGGAAGCUAUCCUUCUGCUGUGGCCAGCACUACAAACAACGACAUCCGCUUGAACUCCUACUACAUCGAACACUACAUUGGCGACGUGCGCGCUGAAUAUGACGGGAUCCUGUACCAUGAAAGCACGCGGGUUUGGCAAUGGAAUGGCAACGGUAUGGCCCCGAGCGGGCUCGUCACCGGCGUCGCGGAUUACGUGAGGCUGAAGGCGGGGUGGCCGUCCCAAAGCUGGCCCGAAAGAGGUUCCGGUUCCGGUUCGAGGUGGGACGAAGGCUAUGCUAUCACGGCCUACUUCCUAGAGUAUUGCGACAACCUCAGAGAAGGAUUCGUCGCCGAUCUCAAUGCCAUGAUGAAGGAUUACUACAGCAACGAUUUCUUCGAGCGAUUGCUCGGGAAAAAUGUUUAUGAACUGUGGUCUGAGUACAGGUCGUCCUACAAGGUUGAUGCACCAGAGCCAGGACCAGCUGCAUCACCACCUGCUCCAUCAUCACUCUAG